GUCUGCAGAUAUUUGAUAAGCCAAGAAGUGAGCUAUAAUAAGUUUGCACAACUUCCAAACUGUGGAAGAAUUAUCUUGGCAUUGACUGGGUAUUUGAAAAUUGAAUCAGCUUGUGUCCUGAGACAGGUAAAAUGGCGGCAGCAGAUCCUUACAUGAAAAUGAAAAUUGAUCCUCAGAAUCUACAGAUUCAGACGCAUACCGUGGAGAAGUUGCUGGAACCCCUCAUAAUUCAGGUGACCACGUUAAUGAAUUGCCCCCAGAAUCCUUCUGUCAAGAAAAAAGGAUGUUCCAAAAGAGCUCGUGUAAUUCUUGCUUCCGUGGAAGAAGCUACUUGGAACUUGCUGGAUAAAGGGGAGAAAAUUGCCAAAGAGGCUCCUGUCCUUAUGGAAGAACUGAAUGCUGCUCUCCACGAGGUUCGCAAAGAAAGUGAAGCUUUAAAGAUAACAGCAAAAACAUUCACUGAUGAUCCCUGUAACUUAUCUAAAAGAGAGGCUGUUGUGCAAAUAGCACGUGAUCUCCUGACUGCUGUUACAAGACUUCUUAUUCUGGCAGAUAUGAUUGAUGUUUCAUACCUGCUGCAACAUCUCACCACAGUACAGAGAAUGUUAAUGUCUCUUCGAAAUGUAUCUAGUAAAUCAGAACUGCAGAAAACCUAUCAACAUCUUCAGAAAGACCUGAAGAAGCUAGACCAUUUGGCAUUUAAGCGACAACAGGACUUAAAAUCUAACAGUCACCGAGAUGAGAUUGCAGCAGCUCGGGCUUCUUUGAGGGAGAAUUCACCUCUUCUGCAUUCAGUUUGCUCUGCUUGCUUGGAACAUUCUGAUGUCGCCUCUCUCACGGCCAGUAAGGACUCCGUUUGUAAGGAAAUACAAAAUGCUCUUGAUGUCAUCUCCAAUGCCUCUCAAGGAAUUAAACCUCCAAAAGUUCAACAGGUGCCACAGUCAGCCUCUCUUGGAAGUGCUCUCGAUGAACUUGAGAGUUUGGUUGCCUUGGAUCCUAUUGCUGUAAGUGAAGACCAAAUAAGGCCAUCUCUUGAAAAACGUUUGGAGGGAAUUAUCAGUGGAGCUGCUUUAUUAGCAGAUUCCUCCUGUACUCGUGAUCUUCACCGUGAGCGCAUCAUCACUGAGUGUAAUGCCAUUCGCCAAGCUCUCCAGGACCUUCUUUCAGAGUACAUGAAUAACGCUGACAAGAAGGAAAGAGGGAAUGCUUUGAACACAGCAAUAGAUAAUAUGUGCAAGAAAACAAGAGAUCUCCGCAGACAGCUUCGCAAAGCAAUAAUUGAUCAUAUCUCAGACUCCUUUAUGGAUACAACUGUGCCACUUCUAGUGCUCACUGAAGCUGCUAAAAGUGGGCACGAAAAAGAAAUCAAAGAAUAUGCUGCAAUAUUUACAGAGCAUGCACAGAGACUUAUCGAGGUGGCUAACCUUGCUUGCUCGGUAUCAACAAAUGAAGAAGGAAUUAACAUUGUCCAAACAGCAGCCAAUCAUUUGGAGACCUUGUGCCCUCAGGUACCUGGGUGAUGUAGGACCUGGGAAGAUCUUUUCCACUCUGGCUGCAUGGUGACUUUCCUAGUAGAUGGCUGGAUCCAAACCCAAUUCCUUGGCUCAAAUGAAUAGAAGGUCUCCUCUGGAGGCAGCAUCUGGUUCAGUGUGCUCUGUUUUCAAAGGUUGUGGAGUCAUCUGGGCAAGGCUGAAAGAUAUGAGAACAAGGUGACCUCCCACCUUUGUGGGUGACUCUCCCAGAAGUGGCAUCAUUGGUCUGACAUAGGAAUGGAAAACAGAGGAUAAGAAAUGGAGAAGUGGAAUGGGGGUGUGGUAGCUUGCAGGCAGGGUUUGACAAGACAAAAAGGUUAACAUUGCAGAUGUUAAGUAGACAGAUGAAACCCACUUAAUCACAUACAGUAAAUGCAAGAAUAAAACUUUUCCUAUAAAUGAACUUAAAACGUUCUUUCCUGACAUCCUUGGGCUGUUCUUAAAAGCACAGAGGGAGAAAGAGAGAGGAUGGGGGAAAGGGAAUACAGUUCUCUUCACCCUAUUUUGCUGGCCAGGCAAACUAGGGUGAAGGUAUUUUUCUUUUGGUGGCUUAUUUUAACAUUUUCCCCCUAGAAUUUAAAAUUAUUUUCUCUAGGGGUUAGAGACAUUUAACAGUUAUAUUUACCUCGAGGACACAUAAAGACUUUGAAACACACACACAAAGACAAGAAAAAGAGAACAGAAAAGGGAAACAGAACUCUUAGUUUUACUCAUCCUAGUCAUUCCCACCAUAAAUCUCAGUUAACUCAAAUUAGGGAAGGCAAAAAUCUUAACGAAAAUACAACAUGGUUGCAGAGAAGACAGAGAGGAAGAAAAAAAAAAAUCAAUGUUCAUAUAUAUAUCGUUUUCAUUUUAAGUACCUUUAUUUAGCCAAAUUGGUUUUCCAGCUUUGUCCCUGAGCAAAGCCCAUUCCUUACAUAUAUCCUUUGCUUGUUUUCUCUUCUCAUCCCAACACAUGAGCAAGUCUCCUGGAGGGGAUCCAGGCACAACCCUUGAGCUACAGCUUCCCAUGUUCCCCUUCCGAUGUGGGAUUCAAUCAGCCUAGCCGGGUCCUUCUGCCGCAGUCAAACUUGCCACCCUGCCUGUCAGAUUUUGGAUCAAAAGGGGGGCUGGGAGGAC